AUCUUUUUAGUUUAUUUCACUUCCUGCUGGUAGAAUGAGGGACAAAGACAAUCAUGAAGAGGAGCAAAAUUUUAAUGCACUGAAGGACAGUGCUUGUAAAGUAAAAGCUCUUGAAGAAGAAAUUCAGAGAUUGAGAUCACAGAUUUCAAGAAUGACUGGAGAAGUUUUGAACAGUGCAUCUGUAGUGAAAGUUCUCUUUAAGAAUGAAAUGAUUUUGAAAAAGUAUAAAUCAAAAGUGGAACUUUUUUUAAAAGAUUUGUUAGUGGAAGGUGAAGAAUUUGUGAUCCAUUGUGAAAUGCAGGAUAAUACUGAACAGGAAUUUGAAGAGCUUCACCAGGCAUUUCAUAUUGACAAAUUCAAAAGUGAAUCUUGUGCCGAGAGCAGUUUAUCUGGAAACAUACCUUUUUAUUCAAAAUCAUUUGAAGAUGUACUUCAUGAUGAUGAGCAACAAGCAACUGAAAAAUUUGAUAAAGGAAAUUGUGACAUACAAACCAGUUAAAGUAUGGAG